AUGAUGUUCUGGAUUGUUUCUCUGGUAGCAAUUAUUUUGCAUUUUAGUUCUGCACAGACAAAACCCGAAUCACAAGGUUAUUGUGCACCAUAUAAUGGAAAGAUUUGUAAGAAAUACUUAAAUGGAAUUGGGAAAGUAUGGUACAAUGAUUCCAAUGAUAGUCCUGCAGGAUGGUUAAAUGAACGUAUUACAACUAAUUUAUGGGAGGAAUUGAUACAACGACUUGUUGAGCCAUGUCGUUCAGCUGCAGAGAAAAUGCUAUGUAUGUAUGCCUUUCCACAAUGUCAUAACUCAGUUGGUUUACCAUUAUGUUAUGAAGAUUGUAUGGCAGUACGUCAUCAAUUCUGUUUUAAUGACUGGGCAGUGAUAGAGGAUAACAAACAGAGGGAUAUUUAUAUAAGCUCAAGAGGACAUUUCACAUUACCAGAUUGUGAAUCAUUACCAAAAGUAGUUAAAGGAAAAAUGACUUGUUCUCACAUUCAUUUGACUGAUAUGAAUGAAGAUCUUGUCACAUAUGAUUGUGUCAAAGGCAAUGGUAGAUUUUACAUGGGCAAAGUUAAUAAGACAAAAUUGGGCUUGGAUUGUCAGUCAUGGAAUGCACAAAUGCCACAGAAUCAUGAUAGACCACCAGAUGUCUUCCCUCAGAUUCGUUAUGGAGAAAAUUAUUGUAGAAAUGCAGGUGGAGAAGAACCUAUGCCAUGGUGUUUUACCAUGGAUCCUAAUACACGAUGGCAACAUUGUGAUAUUCCUAUAUGCGAUAAUGUGACAACUGAAGUUUUGGAGGUCAAUCCUAAAGACUUGGUAAUGGAUACACUAUUUACUCCAAUGUUUAUAUUGAUAUUGUCAUCAUUAGGAUUUGUAAUUAUAGCUGGAACAUUAUUAUCCAUUAUUUUAAGUCAUAGACUUCACAAAAGACAUCAAGGAUAUAAUCCCACAGAUAAUCAGUAUGUCAGUAUUGAUUUGGACAAAUUGCCAAGCAACGACGCAUACCAUAAAACGAGUGCGCAACUUAAUCCGAAAUUAGAAAAGCUCGAAUUUCCGAGAAAUAAUAUUAUUUAUGUCCGAGAUUUGGGACAGGGUGCUUUUGGUAGAGUAUUUCAAGCAAAAGCACCUGGCCUUGUUCCGGGUGAAGAAUUUACUAAUGUUGCUGUAAAAAUGUUAAAAGAAGAAGCAUCGGAAGAUCUACUCAAAGAUUUUGAACGAGAAGCUUGCCUUCUCGCCGAAUUUGAUCACCCAAAUAUCGUCAAAUUGUUAGGCGUGUGCGCGUUAGGUCGACCAAUGUGUCUUCUUUUCGAAUACAUGGGUCGUGGUGAUUUGAACGAAUUUCUACGAUCUUGUUCACCAGGGAAUUAUAUCAUUCGAAGUCUAGAAAAGGAUGAACAUUUCACGGAUUCUCGUUUGUCGCACAUGGAUUUAAUUAACAUCGCACUUCAAGUUGCAUCUGGAAUGGUGUAUUUAUCAGAUCGAAAAUUCGUUCAUCGCGAUCUUGCAACGAGAAAUUGUUUGAUCAAUGACCAAAUGAUAGUAAAGAUAGCAGAUUUUGGUUUAUCGCAAAAGAUUUAUUUGCAAGAUUAUUAUAAAGGUGAUGAACAAGAUGCUAUUCCAGUUAGAUGGAUGCCUUUAGAAAGUAUAUUGUACAAUAAGUACACCGUCGAAUCUGAUGUAUGGGCGUUCGCAGUAUGCUUAUGGGAAAUAUUUAGUUUCGCGCUUCAGCCUUAUUACGGAAUGACACACGAAGAAGUUGUAAAAUAUAUUAAGGAAGGCAACGUUCUCCAAUGUCCCGAAAAUACUCCUCCAGCAAUAUACGACCUAAUGAAGCUUUGUUGGAAUAGGAGACCAUCGGAUAGACCUACCUUCAAGACAAUUUAUAAUACCCUUGAUACUAUAAAAUACAAUCUGGAAGCAGAAAAUAAAUCGGAUAGUGUACCAUUACGUAUUCACGUUUGA